ACAUCACCAAACAGAAAUACCUUGUAGAUACUGAAAUGGCUACCCCUAUUACUGAAUUAGAAAAUACACAAACUGACAACAAAAUGGAAACUGACACAGAGCAAGAAAGUUCUAAUAUACGUUCAUACAGCCAAGUAACUAAACAAAACCUGACAAACAACACCAUGCAGAUAGACGAGGACCCAACCCAGAAAUGUUUCCAAUCUAGCACAGUCUACAGGAAUUUAUCAAAUACAAAAUCGCAACUAAACCCACUCUCAAACAAAUUCCCCCAGAUAUUCUUGCCAAAUUUAAACACCUUGACAGAUCAUUCUUCCUCACCUUUACUAGAGCCAAGCGCUUUACCCCACAACACCAAACUGA